AUGUCAGGACUCUUCCAUGCUGCCGCCCAACUUUGGCACGCCGUAGCGGGAGAAGGUGGAGAAGGCACCGCAGAAGCGCAUGCAAACCAACCCAGCCAUGCACCUACACCCUCGCCAGAUCCAGACGACCUUGGACCCAAUCCCUUCGCCUCACCAGCGCCCUCCCCUCGACCUGUGCAGCUCCCCGUACACGUCAGUCCCUCCGAGGGAGAACGCCCCAUCUUCGAGAGCGAUAUCCUGUCAGGCCAAUCUCGUGCACGUCCUGCGCUGCAGUCACAGAAGAACGAGCGACGGAAGCUCUCCAACGCUACACGAGCACCGGAUCCUGCCUUUGGAUACCAGGGCCCGCCCGCAAUGGCCAAGCCUGGCGCAGGGCAAGGCUUCCAACCCAUCAACAACCUGAACGCCAACGCCAACGCCAACGCCAACGCCAACGCCAACGCCAACGCCAACGCCAACGCCAACGCCAACGCCAACGCCAACGCCAAUGCCAAUGCCAUUGUCGACCGCAACAACCCUGCCUAUGGUCGACCCAAGCACACAACGUACGCCAGAGCCGACCGCAAUGUCCGUGCCUACGCCCCCACAUCCAUAGGUCGCGGCCAACACGCUGGGCAACGAGAGUUCGCGGAGCGCAACCCCGGCCAUCAAACGCAAACCUCUCAUAGCCGCAGCCUGCCGCGUGGUUCGCCUGUGAAACGUCGAAAGACUGAGCACUUCACCACUAGCCGCCAGCAACCAUCUCCUAUUCUCCUCGACAUGCACGGCAGCGAAGACGAACCUCAGUCGGCAGCGCCGUCCACCCAUGCAGCAUCUACUCCUGGGGCACGCUCGUCACGCAGUCCGCACAGCACGACCAGCAGGCAAUCUACUACAAAGGCAAAGCCUGCAUCGCAGCCCAGAAGCGAGUUCAAGGACACACACGACGCUCUGCAACCUCGACGCCUCCCAAAACCCAGACGAAAAAACGGCAAUGGUGUCGACGAGAUUCGCAGAGGUCAUCAAAUGGACGCUUCGCUCUUUGGUACUGAAGAGCUCUUCCAAAGACAAUCUGUUGUAACUCUUGACAACCAAGUUGAAUUUCUCGAGUCUACACGUUCAGCGGCUGCUCAAACUAGCGAGCGAGGCGUAAUCCACAACUCAACCGGUCUCACUCUGUCGCAGCAACACUCCGAGAGAGUGACAUCGCAGCACUUUCCCCUGAACAAGAUGCGCAUUAACGAGUCCACUGCACAGUUGCACGACCAUGACACGAGCCAUGCUAGCAGAGAGCCACACGUGAUCAAGAAUCUGCGUGAUUACCGAGCUGCCGGAGAUCGUGUCGGGGAAGUGAUUAGCGAUCCUAUCGAAAGCAGCGAGGACGAGCUUGCACACCCACUUCCCAAUCCGUCCAACAACCGGCGAUUAAUGCCGCCGCACAAGCCUGAACAGAAGGGCAAGGACGCUGUUACCCGGCGUGGCGCCAUGAGCAAACGCUAUCAGCUGGACUAUGCCCGGACACACAACCUUGGUCCUGAUGGUGAACAGUUGACGCUGGAACCGACUGAGAAUCCGAACAUCUUCCGUAUUACCGGCCGAGACCGUAACGACGAUUCCAAAAUCCUGCAUAUGCUAAAUCUUGCCAGCGUGAACAAAGUCUCCUCGGACGAUACACACAAGAUGAGGCUUACAGGUCCAAUCAUGAAUGACCACAGGUAUUGGUUCGAUUUGAGUUUUCCAGAGUUCCGGGAGUUCAAAAGUUUUCUGGUAGAUCACGUAUACCCUCAGGUUGCAGACCAAUUCCGAUUUUGUGUAGCCAAGGAGAAGAUGGAGGAGAUCUUCAAGAGACCAUUGGAGAGAAAUGGGAAGCUUGGCAUAGCUCUGACGGUGCCUGAAGAUGUACUAUCUAGCCACACACAUGGCGCACAGCCUAAACCCACCAAACAUGACCUACUCUCUGGACUUGGAAAGAGCUUGCGCACGGAACACGACUUAGCUAGACUCAACAGCAAGAACCUGAAGCAAGCCCCUACGGUCACCGCAGCACUUGCGCGCCCAAAGCGGUCUACAAGGGCGACAGCUCCUGUCCAUGACCAGUCUGACGACUUCAACAAAGUCGUCAGGUUUUCUAGAGAUCCUGGACUGGGUGAACGUUGGAAGACACCACUGGAGUUCAAGCUCGACGAAGGCUUUCUUAAACGUAGAAGGUGUACCGUGACCUUUGAUGAUCUGCCCAAGUUGGAUGAGGAAGAGAUGCUAAACGACAAUCUGAUGAACUUCUACAUGCUGUAUCUGUAUGAUAGUCUCAACGUUUCGAAGGAUCAGGUCUAUUUCUUCAAUACCUACUUUUUUGAGGCGCUCACGAAAAAUGCCAAGGGACGCGAUGCUAUCAACUAUGAAGCUGUCAAGACCUGGACAAAGAAGGAUGACAUCUUCAGUUAUGACUAUAUCGUGGUUCCGAUCAAUGAGAAUUGGCACUGGUAUCUGGCUAUCAUCUGCAAUGUCUCCAGUGUUGGGCGAAAACUUGCCAUCGACAAUCUUGAGCAAAACCCGCAAGAACCCGAGCAAUUAGCGACCGACGUCCGGACGGACAAGGCUCCGGGAGGAGAUGAUGAUACAAACGUAGACGAGCCUGGCGCAAUCAGCGACACAGCACAAGCUAUCGAAAGGUCCCUGUUCGAACAGCCUAUGGACGACGGGGACAUAAACCUGUUUGAAGAAGAGAAGAAGCUUAAUCUCAUCGAUCGAGAAGAUAGAGGUGUUGAACCGCAGCAUCAUCUCAGUAACGAGCGGGACCAGCCAAGUCUGCGUCAACCUCAGGAAAAGACUACAAUUGCGACACUCUCAUCUGCCCAAGCCGAGAGCACCUCACCGACCCUGCCGUUCGAUCAUCAUAAACAAGCACACAAGAAGAAGGGUAGACGAAAGCCUCCAGCUCCCAGAAAAGACCCGACGAAGCCGGUCAUUAUAGUUCUCGAUUCGUUGUCUCAGCCUCACAGUAACGCGACACGUGCUUUGAGAGAAUGGCUUCAAGCUGAAGGUUUGCAAAGGCGUGGUAUAAGCGUCGAGAUCGACAAUAAAGGUUACUAUGCCAAAGCUCCGCAAGUCCCGAUGCAAAGCAACUUAUCCGAUUGCGGCCUGUAUGUUCUCGGGUACGCGCAGCGGUUUUUCAGAGAUCCGGACGGCUUCAAGAGGAAGCUUUUGACAGGAGAGAUGUCUUCGGCAACAGACUGGCCGGACAUGGAGCCAUCAAGGAUGCGUAGCGACGUGCGUAAUCUUAUAUUUCAACUCUAUGGGGAUCAGAAGGAAGCCCGCAGGUCCAAAAAGGCUGCCAGGAUUAAAGACUCGCAUACGCCGCCGGCUAAGGCUGAGCCCGAGACAGUUGGCCCCAUUGUGCAACAGUCAGGCAACGUUGAGCCGGGUGCCCAAGUUACCUUACAAUCCAAAAUAUCGAAAGAUCAGUUGUCGAAUACCUCAAAUGCCAAAGUCGACACAGCGCCAGCAGCGGUACCCUGCUCAGGGUCCCCACUCGACUCGAAGGCACGGUUCGAUCAAACUAGUUCUAAUGUUGCCGUAAAAUUAGCAACAGACAAGACAUCUCGCCUAAACCCAGAUCCGACGACUCCACCCAUAAGAUCUCCAGCAGCCACACCUGCAAGAUCAAAGGACAGACCCAAAGAACGGCAAGGAAGCCCAGAGGUUCGUGUACCCGCUACAUCGCCGCACGUCAACUCGUCUUCUUACGUACGAUACGAAGACGUGCUUGGCCAACCGCAACGCGAUGCGCAACAACCGAGUGACAUGACAAAUCCUCUACAGAGACCUGAGCCGCACGGUAGAGAUGAUGGAGAGCUUGAUGUGCCGGCCUCAAAGAAGACUUCAGCAGAAUCGUCGAAACGCCCGAUGCGCGAUCGAUCUGGCAGUCACGACGACCCUAUUACGUUGGAUGAUUCGCAAGACCUCGACGCGAUUGACCCAAAAGUUCCAAAGUCACCGAAAGAGCCUUCACCGGACGUUGUGGAGCUGGAGCUUCCGCAAGCAAUCAACGUCGUGGCUGAUCGCCUGUCCAAGGCCACCAAGUACAGCUCACCCGCACGACGCAAGCCCCGAGAUCAAGCACUUCAACAUGAUGACUCGCUGCAAGAAGGAUCUGGGUAUGAAUGGCAGGAAGGGCGUGAUGUGAUGCGUGCAAAAAAUCUCUCGAUCGAAGAUGAGCGCAGGAGACUUGGCCGACAUGUGAACAGCCCUCCAUCAUUGCUUCAUCGCUCGAUGGAGGCUGUGAAUGAACCGACGGGCACGCACUCGGGAUCGUCGCACAUGGUGCAGGCCAUGGAGGUCGACGAGUCAGCUCAGGAUCACGAGGUUGCCGAAACGCCGGAGCGGCAGAGGAGCAGUCCGGGCGUGGUUGAAGAGGAGAUGGACUGGCAGGCCGGGAGUUCGCUGCCGGUCUGA